AUGUCGAUUGGAGGGGCAGUUGUUAAAGUACAUUGUUUACCAUUUCGAGAGUAUUUCUCUGUCGACAACAUCAAGUCAACACUUCGUGGCUUUGUUUACGAAUAUGAAACACCGAAAAUUGUCACUAUUCAUUCAAUAUCAAUUGCAUUGAUGUGUCGGUUGAUUCAGUUGCUCAUUUUAAUCUAUGGAAUUGCAUAUUUAAUGAUUCAUAAAAAAGGUUAUCAAGAAACUGAUACAUCAAUCAUUUCCUCGAUUACAUUGAAAGUUAAAGGUAUUGGCUAUAAUCAAACCAGUGACAAUCAUACAUUAGUUAUUGAUGGUGCCGAUUAUAUUGUUCCACCCCAAGAAAACAAUGCGCUGUUUUUAAUGACCAACUUCAUUCGAACUGAUCAAGAACAUAAAACGUGUUCGGAAUCUAUUUAUGAGAAAUAUACAAUAUGUUACAGUGACGCUGAUUGUGAAAGAAAUAAAAACUCUCAACAAGCGAAUGGAAAAUGGACUGGUCGUUGUCUGGGUAAUAGGAAUUCUUCUAUCAAAGGUCGAUGUGAAUUGGAGGGCUGGUGUCCCGUGGAGAAUGAUGUUGAUAUACCGAAUCCGAUACGAGAUGCAUUAAACUUUACAAUAUUCGUCAAGAACUUUAUUGAAUUUCCGCGCUUCAAAGUCAUUCGGAAGAAUAUACAGUUUGAUGCUAAUUAUCUGAAAACUUGUAAAUACGAUCCGAUUGAACAUAAAAUAUGUCCGAUACUUCGUGUUGGGACAUUACUCGAUAUUGUCGAGCAAGAUCCAGAAGAACAGAAUCGAAUGUUAAAAUUGGGUGGUGUUAUACGCGUGAAAAUCGAUUGGAAUUGUAAUUUAGACAAGCCAUUGAAUUUCUGUCUACCAGAAUACUCGUUUAAACGUCUGGAUGCAGCCUAUAAUGAAUCGAAGUUUUCCUAUGGAUUUAAUUUUCGAUUUGCAUCACAUUGGAAAUACCAAUUUCGUUCAUAUAGAACAUUAACUAAAGCUUACGGUCUUCGUUUUAUCAUAUCUGUGAGCGGUCAUGCUGGUAAAUUUGAUUUGAUAACACUGACGUUGAAUAUCGGUUCACUGAUUGGUAUUCUUGGUUUAGCAACAUUUAUCUGCGACAUUGUUGCCUUAUAUGUUCAUCGACAAUCGGAUGUGUAUCGUCAACAAAAAUUUCAAGAUGUUGAUUUGAAUCUAUUACAAUUAGAAACAUUGAAUAAUCUUCCAUUGAAUAUGAUGAGUGAUGAAGCAAAAGAAAUGCAUGUGAAUCACGUCGAACAAGCGAUCUUAACGGAUCACAUUAUCGACAAAAACGACUCCUUAAUCAACGUAGAAAGUCCAUAUAAAGAGAGAUUUCGACGAAAUAGUUUAACGAAUCAAGAUGUGUAUGAUGACAUAUCGUCAACAUCGAAAAGUACAAAUCAACAAUCUACGCCCAUGUUAAUCUACGGUACUUAUCAUCAACAAAAACUAGGACUGACCAAUUCUAUUAAUGAUAGCCCGUUGUCCUUAUCAUCCGUUAAACAAAGACGAAAUCAAACGAAUCGACCGUCACAAUUACGAUUUCCACAAAAUGAUAAGACACAAUUGUACGAUAAGACCAAUAUUGUCUAUGUCGAUGACGAUACACCAGAUUUGAACGAACCAGUAGAAGACAGAAACUGUUUGAAUCAUAAUCUGUCACCAAACCAUAGUGAACAAUCGAAUCGAAUAUCGCCUAAAAUCGAAACCUACUUAUAA